AUGUCGACGCAGAACCGGUACCCCGUGGUGCCGACAGUGACGGUGCUGGCGGUGAUGAAAGUCCGGCUGCAGGGCGCCACCAAGGGCCACGCGCUGCUGAAGAAGAAGGCGGACGCGCUGACGGUGCGCUUCCGGGCGAUCCUGCGACAGAUCAUAGAGGCCAAGGAGGCAAUGGGGCAGACAAUGCGGGAAUCGUUCUUCACUCUGAUAGAGGCGCGCUACGCAGCGGGCGACAGCAUCCGGCACACCGUCUUCGACAACGUGGAGCAGGCCUCCAUCAAGGUGUACGCGCAGCAGGACAACGUGGCGGGUGUCAAGAUCCCAAAGUUCGAGCACGUCAAGGUUGGCACGGGGACUGACUUGAAGAUGGAUUUGACAGGUUUGGGCUCUGGUGGCCAGAAGAUCCAGAACUGCAGGAAAUCAUUCACAGGGGCUGUGGAGCUCCUUGUUGAAUUGGCCAAUUUGCAAACAGCGUUCAUUACGCUAGAUGAAGCCCUGAAAGUUACAAACCGCAGGGUCAAUGCAUUGGAGAAUGUUGUGAAGCCACGGCUUGAGAACACCAUUGCAUACAUUAAGGGUGAGCUUGACGAGCUCGAGCGCGAGGAGUUCUUCAGGCUGAAGAAGAUUCAAGGCAAGAAGCAGAGAGAUCUAGAGAAGAUCGAGAAGCAAAAGGCUGAGGCAAUGUCCGCAGGUGGCAACGCAAAGGUGCCCAGUCUCCUUGCUGUGGAGGACCCCGACAUUGUAUUCUAG